UCAGCUAUGGCGCAGACUGAGGAAUGGGGAAAGCCUGUGGAGAGGAGAGGGAGAUUAACUGCAGUCCUGGUGUUGGCAACACUCAUAUCUGGAUUUGGCUCAUCGUUCCAGUAUGGUUACAAUGUGGCUGUGGUCAACUCUCCUUCACCGUUCAUGGAGCAGUUCUAUAAUGCCACCUACAUGGAGCGUUACGGCGCACCGAUGGAGGGCACCCUCUUGACCCUGCUGUGGUCCCUCACUGUGUCCAUGUACCCGCUGGGGGGCUUCUUCGGCUCGCUGAUGGUGGCCCCUCUGGUCUACAAGCUAGGGAGGAAGGGCACCCUUCUCUUCAACAACAUUUUCUCCGUCGUCCCUGCUGUGAUGAUGGGAGUCAGCGAGAUUGCCAAGAGCUAUGAGAUCAUCAUUGUGGCGAGGUUCAUAGUGGGCAUCUGUGCAGGCCUCUCAUCCAGCGUGGUGCCCAUGUAUAUCGGAGAACUCGCUCCCAAAAACCUGAGAGGAGCCCUUGGCAUCAUACCUCAGCUCUUCAUCACUAUCGGCAUCCUCAGCGCACAAGUGCUUGGCAUCAGAAACAUACUGGGCAACAGCACAGGAUGGACCCUCAUGCUGGGUUUGACCGGUAUCCCCGCCCUGGUGGAGCUCCUGCUGCUGCCCUUCUUCCCAGAGAGCCCCAGGUACAUGCUGAUCCAGAGAGGAGACGAGAAGACGGCUCUGAGAGCUCUGCAGCGUCUGCGCGGCAGAGAGGACGUGGAUGCAGAGCUGUCAGAGAUGCGUCUGGAGGACCAAUCAGAGAAGGCCGAGGGCCGCCUGUCCGUGCUCAGCCUGCUGUCCCAGCGCUCAGUCCGCUGGCAGCUCAUCUCCAUCGUCGUCAUGAACAUGGGCCAGCAGCUGUCGGGGGUUAACGCGAUCUACUACUAUGCAGACAGCAUAUAUGCCAGUGCAGGUGUGAAGCAGGACGUCAUCCAGUACGUCACCGUGGGAACAGGUGCAGUGAAUGUCUUCAUGACCAUCGCUGCUGUCUUCAUCGUGGAGGCCGUGGGGCGACGGGUGCUCCUCCUCUGUGGCUUUGGGAUCUGCUGUGGGGCCUGUGUGCUGCUCACUGUCGCUCUCAACUUCCAGGAGAGCGUGACGUGGAUGUCUUACGGCAGCAUCGCCUGUGUCAUCAUCUACAUUAUAGGACACGCCAUAGGACCCAGUCCCAUUCCUACUGUAGUGACCACCGAGAUGUUCCGGCAGUCGGCCCGGCCCGCUGCCUUCAUGGUCGCAGGCUCCGUCCACUGGCUCUCCAACUUCACUGUUGGCCUCGUGUUCCCCUUCCUUGAGAAUUGA